UAUCAAUCCAUUCGGUUCAAGGUUCAAUUUUGCUGAAACCCGAGUGUGUCGGUAGCUCCACCCCUGUUCUGACGUCACACCCCCUCUACACACACACACAUACACACACAUCUCCCACGGCACGGACAGACGCAGCCUCCUUGUGCAGAACACUCCGGUGGACUUAAACUUCAGGACUGGGACAAGAGAUUUAAUUUGAUCACGUUUUUUACUAGAAUCUGAAAAAUGAAGAAACCAGAACCUAAGAUGAAAAGCAUUUGAAAGAGGCUCGGGCCACCACGGCUGCCCAUCCAAUGGUCAGCAUGACGAGCGGCGAUCACCUCCUCCCUCGCUGCAAGUCUGAAGGGAUGCUCAAGGACCUGGGCCAGGGCUGUCUAGCCAGCCUCUCGCAAGUCAAAGGUCAUGAUGAAAUGUUCUCUUUAGUGCCUUCUCCCAGUGCCUUAAGACUGGACACGUCUACCUCAUAUGGAGCCGCACAGGAAGUGGUGGCCAUCAAGGAUUAUUUGCCCACCAGUUUAGUCAGCCUGAAAUUCUCCAAAGGCGAUCGACUUUUUGUUCUGGACACGUCGGGCGGCGAGUGGUGGUACGCACACAAUAACAGGGAGAUGGGCUACAUCCCCGCUGCUUGUGUCAAACUGCUCAACAUCAGGAAUUGUUCGCUUAGUGAUAGCGGAGUGAUCGACAGUCUUGGAGAGGAAGAGGAGCUGCCGAAGGACUUUGAAGGCUUAGGAGAGUGGAGAGCUAACGACUAUCCGUUUUGCGAAAACCCCUCUGCGCAUCCCUUAGACCAAAACCGCCAACGUGUGACAAACUCUGCUGAUUUGAUUGUUUUUGAUACAUUUGCAAAUCCAAGCCACUCCAACAGUGACACCAAGAAUAUUAAUUUUAGCGGCCUCGGUUGUCCCGACCGAGCGGAGCAACACCUCCACAGGGAUAAUCCUCUUUUAAGGAGUAAACGUUCCCAGAGUCUUUCCCAACUCUGGCUUCUACAAGCUCAAUCAAAUCCGAGCAUUCCUUCCUCUUGUUUCUUCACGGGCCUGAAGGCGCCUUCGCCGGAGCAGUUUCAGAGCCGCGAGGACUUCCGAACGGCUUGGCUCAACCACCGAAAACUGGCCAGGUCUUGCCAUGACCUGGAAUCCUUAGGCCAGAGUCUGGGGUGGGGUCAGACCCAACCCGUCGAGACCAGCAUUAUGUGUGGCUUGGAUAGCGGAGGAGGUGUGGUUCAGCUGCCGGACACCAACAUCACCCUGCACGUUCCUGAAGGGCACGUUUGCCACGGCGACCAUCAGCAGAUCUCCAUGAGAGCCUUACUGGAUCUUCCCUUGGAGCUCAACAACGACAGCUGCUCCACUGUCAGCCCGGUGGUGGAGAUCAAGCUGAGCAACAUGGAGACCAAGUCUUUUGUCACUUUGGAGAUUCAAGUGUCAGUCGCUGUAAAAACGGAGAGCGACCACUCCGCCGAGAUACUUUGUGUUCGGAGCGACAGCAAAGAUGGACCCUACGCGCCCAUUCCGACUUGUUACAUUUAUAAGGAUAUGGUCCAAGUGCGCCUGGACAGUCUUGAGUCGUGCAUGUACGUGGCGGUUGUGGUUCGGUCACUGAACAUCAGUCACGGCGUGAGCGUGUGGGACCACAUGCAGAGAAAGGUCACGCUCGGGGUUUACGGACCCAAGCACAUCCACCCUACUUUUAAGACCGUCGUGGCCGUGUUUGGCCAUGACUGCGCCCCGAAGACCUUACUGCUGAGUCAGGUGGGUCGCUUAGCUUGCUCCACCCCUGCAGUCAGCCUCCAGUUGUGGGGGAAGCAGCUUUUUAGCCUGAGGUCCCCACAGGAUCUCCAGGUAGGGCUGUACCCCAACGUAGCCCACUAUCAGGUAAAAGCUUGCGACGGCACCGGCCUCGUCCGGGGAUUUCAACUGAAACUGGGCAAGGUCGGCCGACUGGUUUACGUGAUGUCUUCGCGCGACCCCAAUGUCGUCUCAGACUUUACUCUCAGGGUCCAAGUCAAGGACACGCUGGACUGCACCCUUACCCAGUUCUGCAUCCAAACGCCGCCACCGGCGCCAAAGUCCGAAGGGAGGACGACGGGCCAGAGGAGAUUCUUGAAAAAAAACGAGGUGGGUAAGAUUACCCUGUCGCCGCUGGCUGUCACCUCCAAAUACCCCAAAUUUCAGGAGCGCCUUAUAACCAGCCUAAAAUUCGGCAAGCUGAUUAAAACGGUAAUACGGCAGCACAAGAGCAACUACCUGCUGGAGUACAAGAAAGGUGAUGUCAUCGCCCUGCUCAGUGAGGAGAAGAUCAAGCUCAGAGGGCAGCUGCGCACUAAAGAAUGGUACAUCGCAUUCUAUCAAGGCAAGACGGGGCUGGUCCACGCCAAGAACGUUUUGCUUUUGGGAAAAGUCAAGCCCAUUCAUUGGUGUGGGCCGGAUUUAACGACCACGACGCUGCUGGAGCAGAUCCUCAAACCGUGCACAUUUCUGACAUACAUUUAUGCCACCGUGAGGACCCUUCUGAUGGAGAACGUGUCAAACUGGGGAGCGUUUGCCGACGCGCUGGGCUACGGGAACUUGCCGCUGGAUUACUUCUGUCGGACCGAGCUGGACAGCGAGCCAGAGAAGGUAGCGUGUGUUCUGGAGAAACUCAAAGAGGAGUGCACCAAUGCGGAGAGCAAGGGGAGGAAGUCCUUUCAGAGGGAGCUCAUGAUGGGCUUGCUCAAGAUGGACUGCCAGGGUCUUGUUGCCAGAUUGGUUCUGGACUUUGUCCUGCUAACCACGGCGGUGGAGGUGGCAUCCCGCUGGAGGGAACUUGCAGAAAAACUGGCCAGGGUGUCCAAGCAGCAGAUGGAGGCUUACGAGGCACCGCACCGGGAUAAAAGCGGCGUGCUGGACAAUGAGUCCAUGUGGAAACCAGCAUAUGACUUCCUGCUGACGUGGGCGGCGCACGUAGGGGACAGCUAUCGGGAUGUCAUCCAGGAGCUUCACGUUGGUCUGGACAAGAUGAGGAACCCCAUCACCAAGAGGUGGAAGCACCUGACCGGCACCCUCAUCCUCGUCAACUGCCUCGACAUCCUCCGAAGUGCCGCCUUCUGUCCCACCGGCUAUGGCGACUUUGCCGUCUGAUCUGCCAUAGUUGCCGGUUAAGCGUUUGCGCCUCGUGAGGAAAAGCGGUUUGUAAAAUGAAUGAAUGAAUGAUUGAGCAGGCAGAUUCUGAGUUCCAAACUUAAACUCGGCUUUUUAUUGUG